AUGGCUAUGAAUGACAUCGAAAGUGAAACGUCCUACCGCUCAUUCAAAUGUCGUUCUAGAGGAUUUCGAGGGUCGAAAACAAGACCAACAGACGAACAAUCACUCACUGAAUACAUUUCUGCACGCCAUCCAGCCCGCGACCUUGGAGCGAUCUUCGAACCAUUGAUUGCAAUGAUAUCCGCAACAGUGACUACAAGAUAUACUCUUUAUCAUGAGCAAGGACGAAUGAACUCAAAUACUAAACCUACGGGCUACACCUUCAACUCGGGAAGUCUUGGUGUAAUCCUGGAUCCGUACGCAUUAUCAUUACUCGUAUCGUGUAUUCUUCUUGGUUGUUCAAUUUCUUCGUUCACGCAUCGACGCCAGGGGCACGAUAGAUGUCAGUCGCUUAUUCUUGCAUUCGCCAUUCUGACGGCCACCACCAUAGGUUUUGGAUUAGGAAUAGAUUCCAAUCUCAUAAUGUUAGGAUUUGUUCCUUGGGCCCUGAUUCUCGCAAUGGUUCUCAGUGUCUUCGUUCAUUGGACUGUCAGACGUCAUCGUAGACCUCGAAACUGCCCUGGAAUGUUCUUCUUUGAAACAAUUGGGAAAAGCGUAAUGACUUCAAGGUUUGAAGAGACCCACGGCUGCUAA